GUUCCAGCCAUUAAACAAACAUCGAACAAUGGCAUCCUUAGAAUUUCACAUAUUCUUUAUGAACAAACUGUGUUAUAGGAAAUUUCAUUUUUUUCAGGCAUGAACAUCCCAUUGUUCCAGUCAUUAAAGAACAUCGAACAAUGGCAAAGCUGUUGAAUUCUACGCUAGGAUCAAUUUGUUCUCUGGCUAGGCUAUCUGUAAGCACACAAAAGUAUACAAUACAUGGUCAUUGGUGCCAGACAUCUACAGCAACUGGUCGGCUUUCAAUGGAGGAACCUAAUCUUCAGUGUGUUGAGCAUACGGUACAUUUCAAAAUAAAAGAGGAGGAAAAUGAAGGUGAUGCUGACGAGAGUCAUUGUAGUAUUAAUGCUCGUGAUUUCUUUGUUCCCACUCAGGAGAACUGGUUACUGUUAACAGCGGAUUAUUCUCAGAUAGAAUUGAGAUUGAUGGCACACUUCUCUAAAGACUCUUCUCUUGUUGAGCUUCUCAGUAAACCUGAUGGUGAUGUCUUUACAAUGAUGGCAGCAAGAUGGACUGGGCGUUCAGAGGUCUCUGUGGAUUCUCAGGAGCGAGAGCAUACCAAAAGGAUGUUGUAUGGUAUUCUUUAUGGUAUGGGUGUCAAUAGCCUUGCAGAACAACUGGAUUGCACUGCUGAUGAAGCUGCUGAAAAGAUUGCUAAUUUCAAAAGCUCUUUUCCUGGUGUUGCUUCCUGGCUUCGUGAAGCUGUUGCGUCUUGUCGUAGUAAAGGGUAAGGAGACCUUGUUCUACUUUUACUCAUCCCAACUCAAAUAUCUCUUUACAGUGAUACAGUAACUAAGAUACUCUAGUCGUUUUGAUUAUUUAGUGGCAGUGUUGUCUUUAUU